AUGAGUCCUCUAACACCAGGAUCAAUCCCAAGAAUAUCAGUUGGUUAUAGGCAUGAAGUAGAAGUUGAUAUUAAUGGAAUGAUCAAAUUGGUUGAUUUGCUUCAUUAUGAAAAAACUGUUUGCCCUGAAACCUGGAGAGUAAUAAAUACAAUUGCAAAUGAGCUCAGAACUAAAAAAGUUCGUGUAUCAUUUUUUAAUGCCACUCCUCAAGGUGGUGGAGUUGCUUUGAUGAGACAUGCACUUAUACGUUUAUGUCUUUUAUUGGAACUUGAUGUACAUUGGUUUGUUGCCAAACCAAAACCUGAAAUUUUUGAUAUCACAAAAAGAAAAUUCCAUAAUGUUCUACAGGGUGUUGCUCCACCUGAUGUUAGAUUAACAAAAUUUGAUAUGGAAGAAUUCAUUGAUUGGUCUAAUUCUAAUGCCGAAUGCUUUUGGAGUGAUGAUGAGGGUCCUAUAAAAAAUAGUGAUGUGAUAAUUAUAGAUGAUCCACAAGUUUGUGGUAUUAUUCCACACAUCAAAAAACUUAAUCCAACUUGUAAAAUUAUUUAUAGAAGUCAUAUUGAAAUUUGUGCAGAUUUAAUCAGAGAAAAUCCAAAUGGCCCACAAGCUGAAACUUGGAAUUUUUUAUAUCAAUACAUAUCACAAGCUGAUCUUUUUGUAUCUCAUCCAAUUGCAAAUUUCAUACCAGAUAAUGUCCCCCGUGAAAAAGUUGUAUUGCUUCCAGCUUCCACAGAUCCAUUAGAUGGUUUAAAUAAAGAAUUAAAAGAUUCAGACAAAGGAUAUUAUAAAUUAAUUUAUAAUCGUUUAUCAAAUGAUCAAUGUGGUGUAGUAAUAGAUUUUCAGAGACCAUAUAUUGUUCAAGUUGCUAGGUUUGACCCAAGUAAAGGUAUUCCAUUAUUAAUUGAAUCAUUUAGAUUAUUUAGAAAGAAAUUGGAAAAUACAGGUUGGAAUAACUAUGGAAUGCCCUCAUUAAUUAUAUGUGGUGCUGGUAGCAUAGAUGAUCCUGAUGGUACAUUAAUAUAUGAACAAAUUCAUUCUUUGUUAAAAGAAAGUGUAUAUCAAGAUAUAGUUGAUGAUAUAUCAGUUGUAAGAUUACCACCUUGUGAUCAACUUUUUAAUACAAUGUUAAGAUGUGCACAUGUUGUAUUACAAUUAAGUACACGAGAAGGAUUUGAAGUUAAAGUCACUGAAGCUUUGGCAAAAGGUGUACCUGUUGUAGCUUUUAAGGCUGGUGUCACUGAAGCUUUGGCAAAAGGUGUACCUGUUGUAGCUUUUAAGGCUGGUGGUAUACCACUACAAAUUCGUCAUGGAGAAACUGGUUUUUUAGCUGAUGUAGGUAACACUAGUCAAGUUGCCGACUAUUUAUAUCAAUUAUUUAAUGAUGAUGGCCUUUAUAAGAGAAUGUCACAAGCAGCAAAGACAUCAGUCAAUGAAGAAUACUUUACAGUAUUUCAAACUUUAAAUUGGUUAUAUCUUAUAAAUCAAAUGAGUAAUAGUAAGGAAUCAAAAAAUAUUAGUAAUGAUGAUGAUCAAGAAGAACCCAAUAAAAUUAAAAAUAUUGGAGAAGAAGAAGAGGAAGUUUUUGUAGGUGAUGGUAAAUGGGUGAAAGAAUUAUGGGCUGAAAAAUACAAUUACAAAGGAAAAAAUAUGACUAACGGUAUUACACAAUCAUCACCAACAUCACCUUCUUCACCAACACCUGACAUGGGUUUUUCUGAUGAAGAAAAAGAAACUGUUGGGGAAGAAGAAGGUGAAAGUUUGGUGGGUGAUGGUAAAUGGGUGAAAGAAUUAUGGGCUGAAAAAUACAAUUACAAAGGAAAAAAUAUGACUAACGGUGUUUGUUAUUGA